UUUUGUGGUUUGGUUUUUGGCUCAAAGACUCAAAAGGGGAAGGACCCGAGAGGUGGAUGCUAGUAACGUGGCAGCUGCUGUGGAUGAUAGACGAGAGCUCGAGAAGGCUUUGACACAGGAAUUCUAUCUGAACUCAGGUCCAUGAUGGUGUGCGUGCUCCCAGUUGUCCUCCUGAUCACAUCAUCAGCCUUGGUGUCCUCCUUAGGGACAGUUUCUUUGCUUUCAUGCCAUCCUCGGUGGUUCCUGUUCGGGCGGAGAUGUUUGUCUUUCUACCCAGUGUGGAGCUCCUGGAGUGAUGCCACUUUUCUAUGCUCUCAGUCUGGAGGUGACCUUGUAUCCAUCCACACGCCAGAGGAUCUGCAGUUUGUUGCUCAGGUAGCAAACACAAGCGCUCAUGUGUGGCUGGGCGGUUACCAGGAGCAACAGAACGGCUCCUGGUUCUGGACUGAUGACACGCCCUUCAGGAUCAGCAGCUGGAUCAGUGGCACAAAAACAGCAGGAGCAGCUGGGGCUUGUAUGGAAAUGACACCUAAUGAUGGAAAGCUGCAAAGCGCCCCGUGUGACGAGCUCAAGUUCUACAUCUGCUCCAUGAACGCCAGCUCUGCUGUCAUUGAAAGCACCGAGGAGAAACCUGAACCAGGUAUUGUCCCCGGCGUGGAUUUGUUUGAUGUCCUUUGGAGCAAAAGCGAUGCACUAGCAGAGGAGAUCCUCCACUCGUACUCCUUUAUAAGAGAGCUGCAGUCUGGUCAUGUGACAGAGCAGUGCUACUCCAGCUUCAUGCAGCAGGAGGCGCUGUAUUUAACAAGAGUCAGAAGCACUCUGGAGGUCCUGAUUCGUAAUCUAGAGGAGACUGACGACAUUAGGCCACUGCUGCUGGACACACUUAAACUCUACAGCAGCACAAACCAGAGCCUCCUAGCUUCACCUCCCCCACAGGGCCUCUAUUAUCCUCUCCAACUGUACCACUCUGUGGUUUUGGAGGAGCCAGUUUAUUGGUUAGUGGCUCUGUCGGCCCGGUCCUGUCUACGUUACUUCCUGGCUCAAAAACUGCUUCGCAAGCCGCUGAUGUCCAGGUCCAUGACUAACAGCUUCUACCAGAAGUGGAGCAAAGACAGCAUGAAGGAAGUCACCUGGAUAAACAGGUCCAUGAUGGUGUGCGUGCUCCCAGUUGUCCUCCUGAUCACAUCAUCAGCCUUGGUGUCCUCCUUAGGGACAGUUUCUUUGCUUUCAUGCCAUCCUCGAUGGUUCCUGUUCGGGCGGAGAUGUUUGUCUUUCUACCCAGUGUGGAGCUCCUGGAGUGAUGCCACUUUUCUAUGCUCUCAGUCUGGAGGUGACCUUGUAUCCAUCCACACGCCAGAGGAUCUGCAGUUUGUUGCCCAGGUAGCAAACACAAGCGCUCAUGUGUGGCUGGGCGGUUACCAGGAGCAACAGAACGGCUCCUGGUUCUGGACUGAUGACACGCCCUUCAGCAUCAGCAGCUGGAUCAGUGGCACAAAAACAGCAGGAGCAGCUGGGGCUUGUAUGGAAAUGACACGUAAUGAUGGAAAGCUGCAAAGCGCCCCGUGUGACGAGCUCAAGUUCUACAUCUGCUCCAUGAAUGCCAGCUCUGCUGUCAUUGAAAGCACCGAGGAGCAGCCUGAACCAGGUAUUGUCCCCGGCGUGGAUUUGUUUGAUGUCCUUUGGAGCAAAAGUGAUGCACUAGCAGAGGAGAUCCUCCACUCGUCCUCCUUCCUCAGAGAGCUGCGGUCUGGUCAUGUGACAGAGCAGUGCUACUCCAGCUUCAUGCAGCAGGAGGCGCUGUAUUUGACCCGAGUGAGAAGCACUCUAGAGGUCCUGAUUCGUAAUCUAGAGGAGACUGACGACAUUAGGCCACUGCUGCUGGACACACUUAAACUCUACAGCAGGACAAACCAGAGACUCCUGGCUUCACCUCCCACACAGUGGCUCCAUUAUCCUCUCCAACCGUACCACUCUGUGGUUUUGGAGGAGCCAGUUUAUUGGUUAGUGGCUCUGUCGGCCCGGUCCUGUCUACGUUACUUCCUGGCUCAAGAACUGCUCGAAGAGCCGCUGAUGUCCAGGUCCAUGACUAACAGCUUCUACCAGGAGUGGACCAAAGACAGCAUGAAGGAAGUCACCUGGAUAAACAGGUACAAAAAGGUGAUAAAGGAGAAUCAGGAUCAUAUGGAUGUAUUUAAAGCCAUCAAUAUCUUCAGAGAGCACAUGAUGGCCCAGAAGGCUUUCUACAAGGCUCUGGUCUGUUCAUCUGAAGAAGGCAAACAAUGAAGGAGUGAAGCAAGACAGACGUCAUUUCUGGGAUGAAGGAAACAACUUUAACUCUCUUCAAUCAAGAAAGCUUGAUCAAACAAUCGCUGCGUUCUGAGAAGCUUGGAAAGAAAAGCAACUGGACUUCUUUGUUUCACGUUUCAUCUCUGAGGUGAAACGUCACAAGAAUGGUAAAUGGCCUGUAUUUGUA